CAGAGGCGCGGGCGGCGCGGCAGGGAGGGGCGGGCCGCGGCCGCGCGCCCCGGGAGAGCGGCCGGUGCCGGGGAGCACGGGCCGCCGCGGGCUUCCCGCCGACGCCAGCCCGCUGCCCGCGGCUUGCCGGACGGCCUCCUGGGGCCGCGCUCUGGCGGAGCCACUGCCUGCUGGCCCUCGCGGGCCACCCGCACCGGAGCCGCACGGGGCAGCGCCCGAACGGCCCAGUGCGCCGACGCUCCGGCCCCGCGCGCGCGGAGCGUGGGUGUGUGCGAACGACUCCACCCGGUUCGGCGGCGGGUGGGCGCUCUUCCGGAGGCACGGCGUGGGCGGGGGCCCGCAGGGUCUCCUGGCGCUCCCGCCCGCAGCUGCCGCAGCCUUUCUGGGCGGCAGGUGAAGGGGUCGGGCGUCCCCGCCUCUCCCUGGGCCGCAGCGGCAGGGGGCCCGCAGUAGCCGGCUCGGAGGCGGUCUGGCGGCUGCUGGCUUCCCUGCCGCGGAAGGGGCCGGGGAGGUCGCGCGAGGGCUCCGGCGGCAGCGUUAGCAGCGUUAUCAGCCUGCCUGCGCGGGGCUCCGGCGGCAGAAGCUCCCCCCGCGCCGGGAGAGGCGAAGCGACGGGGCGGAGGACCGAGGGAAGCAGGGAGGCAGGCGCGCUGCUGUCGGCAUGUUUGUCUAGUCAGACUGCUGGGACCGGGCAGGGCGUCGGACUGCGGCUCCUGCUCAGCGUCCUGUAACUAGCAUCACUUGCAGAAGAGGCUCGACGGGCUCGGGACUUUGUUUCCGUUCAAGAAAUAGGAAAUAAGAUGGUGGUCAGCUGUAGCAUUGUUUUUGAGUACUGGUGCGAGCCACUUAACGAUGCAGCAGCAUAAAGUGCAAGAACAAAGACAUUUCCAUCAGCAUUUAGAUACAUUCAAAAUGUUGUGUGGUGGGAAAAAAUCUUACUUUGCUGCUGCUGUGUGCGUCAUUGCUCUAACUUCAAUGGUCACGCUUUCUUACCUUAGGUUACAAAGGCUUUCUCACCUGCCAAAAAUAAUUCAAGAACGUAGCAGAUGUAGAGGGAAAAUUACCAAUAGCACAAUAACACCGUUAAAAGAUAACAGAACUUUUAUUAUAUCCCCAUAUUUUGAUGACAGAGAAAGCAAAGUCACUCGUGUGAUUGGUAUUGUUCACCAUGAAGAUGUAAAGCAACUCUACUGUUGGUUCUGCUGUCAGCCUGACGGAAAGAUAUACGUAUCAAAAGCAAAAAUUGAUGUUCACUCAGACAGAUUUGGGUUCCCUUAUGGUGCAGCAGAUAUAGUUUGUUUGGAACCUGAAAACUGUGAUCCAACACAUGUAUCAAUUCAUCAGUCUCCACAUGGAAAUAUUGACCAGCUGCCAAGGUUUGAAAUUAAAAACCGCAAGGCUGAGACUUUUUCUGUUGACUUCACUGUAUGCAUCUCUGCCAUGUUUGGAAAUUACAACAAUGUCUUGCAAUUUAUACAGAGUGUGGAAAUGUACAAGAUUCUUGGGGUACAGAAAGUGGUGAUCUAUAAGAACAACUGCAGCCAGCUGAUGGAGAAAGUCUUGAAGUUUUAUAUGGAAGAAGGAACUGUAGAAGUAAUUCCCUGGCCAAUAAACUCACACCUCAAGGUUUCUUCUAAGUGGCACUUCAUGCAAGACGGAACACACAUUGGCUACUAUGGACAAAUCACAGCUCUAAAUGACUGUAUAUACCGUAACAUGCAGAGGAGCAAGUUUGUGGUUCUUAAUGAUGCUGAUGAAAUAAUUCUUCCCCUUAAGCACCCAGACUGGAAAGCAAUGAUGAGCAGCCUUCAGGAGCAAAACCCGGGGACUGGCAUUUUCCUCUUUGAGAACCAUAUUUUCCCAGAAACCGUAUCUACUCAAGUGUUCAACAUUUCAUCCUGGAACACUGUGCCGGGUGUUAACAUAUUACAGCAUGUUCACAGAGAGCCUGACAGGAAAGAUGUAAUCAAUCCCAGGAAGAUGAUAAUUGAUCCACGAAAGGUGAUUCAGACUUCAGUCCACUCUGUCCUUCGUGCUUAUGGGAACAGUGUGAAUGUUCCCAUGGAUGUUGCCCUCAUUUAUCACUGUCGGGUACCCCUUCAGGGAAACCUUCCCAGGGAGUCCCUCAUCAGGGAUACAACACUGUGGAGAUAUAAUUCAUCAUUAAUCAUGAACGUUAACAAGGCGCUGUAUCAAACUGUCCUGUAAGCUCAAAAGUGAAACCUUGGUUGUAAGGUGGGAAAGUGGAGAGCCACCCAUAUCGUGGGGAGGCAGAGGAUGUAAUUUAGAGGUCAUAUUGAAAUCACUGCCGCAUGAAGUUUACAUCUUACAGAGAUUUCGGAGAACAGCCUUUUUAGGUAAUGUACAAUGAGAAAUCCACGUGAUUUGUAAACUGUAUGAAGGAACCUUGUAAGAAACCACUGUGAUCGAGUAGUGGUUAAGAAUUGGGUUCCUCAGGUAAAGUCUCUACUGCAACUUUGUCAGAUGUGAGAGCUGAGGCACAGUGAGAAGAUAGGUCUUUUACAUACUUGUGACUAUGAAGGGGUGUUCUUCAAGGCCUAGGAGGUGGCUAUGCAGAAAUUAGUUAAUGUACCGAUUUCUAGCUUUCUCUGUUUUCCUUUAUUCAUCUGCAGAUAUGUUUUAGCUAGUACAAUGAACCUGUAAACCUCCUGAGGAAAGAAUUACUGAUUUCUGGUUAUUUGUAUCUCUGAAGUACUUGAUGGUUAAAAAAAAUACAUCUAUGCUUAGAGAUGCCUAUUAAAAGAUGGCUGGGGCCAGCACCUUCCAGAUGAAGAUCUGCAUUGGCAUUAACACUGUAGCUCAUUAUAAUCACAGCAGCAGGAUGUGAAAACGCACCAGCUUUAACACCGAAACUGUCACCUGUUAGAGGUAUUUCUUCUUAAGGCAAAUGGGAAUUUGUAGCAGAGCCGUAAGCCAUUUAAUGAUACCAAGGAUCAGUGCAGAUGGUAUUACUACUUCUGGAAGAUGUAACAUUAAUCUGUUUCCAAUUGAGAAAUAAUGAUUUUUUUUUUUUUUAAGUGAUUCAAAUAAAGCAAAAGGCUAUACACUCUUUUCAACCUAUGCACAAAAAUACAACUACAGUCAUUAGUAUUAAAGGUAAUGUUGCUUAAAUCUUGCAGUUUAUGUGUCACUGGGUACAAAAUUUGUAUGUACCAAGUUGAGUGAAAGGUAAGCAAACACAUUGUAAAAAUUAUUGAGCAAAAUCUACCAGUUUCAAUCGUAAAAAAGUUGAACCCUUUGUAAAGUGGUGAUGUAUUGUAACACUAAACACAGCUGUUAGAGUUUUGCUGAUCCAAAUGACUAUUCAACUGGAAUUUUGAGACAUUUAAGGUUAAGAAGUGUGAUAUCUCUUUUGUUACCCACAGCUGUUCUGAAUUACUUAAGUGGCAAGUGCUGAGGCAUGUUGGAAAGCUUUAAAACAGAGGCAAGGGAUACAGAUUGAUAUUGAAGAAAAAGUCUAUUGUGAAAUGAAAAGAAUGCUAUUUACAGGUGGAAAGAUGGAUGGUUGAACAACUACUUCGGAUACAUAUUUUUUUAUUAUUUUUUUUUUUUCCUAGGACCUUGAACCCUCAUAAAAUAUUGUUUUAAUUUGUGAAAAUUAGACAUCAGAUUGAUUUUAGUCCUUUAUGUGAUGCGUAAGUUGAAUUAUGCUGUUUCUUUAUGUACACCUGUAAGGGUACAGAAGCUGCAUCUUUUCCAACCUCUAUCUAAAAAUAGUGCCAAGUAGUUAUUAACUUCUGCUGAAGGGUCAGAUGGAAAGCAAAGCAAACAAGAAACAUUUGCUGUUUCACAGUUUCAGUUUUAUUUUUUCUGUUUGCUAAACCCCCAAAGCUAUGUGCAUUGUACUGACGUGGCAAUAUGUUUGAACCUUCCUGUGAAGGGACAUGUGAGGGCAGUGUUAGUCUGACACUUUGGUGUUUGAGAGAGGUGUAUCUGUGUGUGAGAGCAGGUAUGCUUAUUUAAAUUUCUACACCAGUGUCAUGUUUUCAUUCCUUCAUCUGUUUUGUGGUGGCACAUACCUAUGUCCUUAAAGAGCUCUGUCAUUAGUGGAUUAGUAUCAUUAGCUAGGAAAUGUCCAGUUGGAACUUUUACUUGGAAGUCUUCAAGAGACAGUCUGUAAAUAACUGCUAAUUGUGUUUGUAAUAAUCAUCAGCUGCUAUGUAACAGGCUAAAAUAUCAAUUAUAAAACUAAAAGGGUAGAACAGUGUAGUGUGUGUUGGAUGCUUCUCAUCGUGCUUUUCUGCUUGCAUGCUCUCGGACAAUGCAGGAAAGGAGAAUUCAGAGUUCUUAAUUUCUUUAAAGUUUUCUGAAACUUGUGAAAUACUUGUGGCAGAAUUCCUUUCCAACUACCACUUCACAGCUUUUAACAAACCAUAGUAUUUGCUUCACAGGGGCAGCAGCAUCUCUCAGAGUCUGUAUCAAGAAACUCUUGUAGCUGUAUUAACAUCAAAGGUGCCUGCUGGAGUGGUAUUAUCUUGCUUGGCAAGAGGUCCCUUUAGAAUUUUAGACUCAUGUAGUUUAAAAGGUGCAUCUGGAAGUUCAACUGUCUGGUCAAAGCAGAGUAAGGUAGCAUGGUUUGCUCAGGACUUUGUCUAGGUAAGCUGGGCACACUGGUUCUCUGGGCAACCUGUUCCAGUUUUAAACUACGCUCACAGUGGGUAGUUUAAAAUUUGUGACCAUUUGCCCUUGUCCUGCUGCACAAUGCUGAGAGGAGUCUGACUUUGACUUCUCUAUUCCUUCUUAAGUAGCUGGAGACAGUAGCAGUAGCUCCCUACCCUAUGCCCACUGCCACCUUCCCUUCCCCUACCAUUCUCUCUUGAAUGCUCUGUUUCUCAGACAUCUUGUGCUCUACUUCUCUGUCCUUCUCUGUGUCCUCUCACAGGACUUGCUCCAGUCUGUUUUGUAUUGGGAAACUCAACACUGGACUCAGAUGAGGCCUUGAGUGAAGAACAGAGGUGAAGAAUCCCUUCCCUUGAAGUCCUAGCUAUGUACCUGUUAGUGCAGCUCAGUAUACAGUUGGCUGCCUUUGUCACAAGGGCUGUUGCUGAAUUGUGUUAAAUUUGCUGUGCAACAGCAUUCCCAGGUCCUAUAAAGCUGCUCUCCAUCUAGUUGCCUCCAACCUGCCUGCUGUGUGGGGUGAUUGUCUCAGGUGCAGGAUGGUGCAUUUGCUUUCGUUAAACUUCAUGAGGUUUCUGUCAGCCCACCUGUGUGGUUUGUUGAGGACCCUCAAAAUAGCAUUCCCUAUUCUCAUGCAUAUUGGCUGUUUCCCCUUCCUGUCCAAAUUAGUAUUGUUGAAAGCUUGCUGAGAGUGGACUCUGCAUAAUAAAGACCACUAAUAAAGUAGUUAACCAAUUCUAGCCCAUGAAGAAUACUUCUGUUAACUGGUUACCAGUUAGAUUUUGUAUCACUGAUGACCAGUCUCUGAGCUUGGCAGGCCAGCCCAUUUUCCACUCAUCUAGCAGUCCAGGUAUUCACUCCAUAGUUCAUUGAUUUGGGUACAAGGACAUUUUUGGCAUGUUCCUGUCUAAAUUCCUGCUGUGAAGUAAUCUUUUAAAGCUAAUGCAAUGUUUUCUAGGUGGCCCAUCAUCACAUGGCUUCUUUAGAGUAAGCUAAGAGUUAAUGCACACAUCAUAUGCAGUAUAGUUACUCCCACAUUAAGAAUGAUGUGAACUGGGUUUCAAGACAGGUUACGGAAAGCUUUCAGGUUCAUAUAAGUUUUCUUUACUUUUGAGUGAGACAACAAAACCUCCAGGAGAUCAUCAUUUGUGCCCCAGUUUGCAUCAGAAGCUGUGAAUUUGGCAUCCAAUUGAUAAAAUCCUUGACUACAAACAUUUUCAAAGUAAGUUUGUGUGACUAAAGGUGGAAAACAGUACUUAAAUUCUAGCCUUGUAUUCAAGAGGUACUGCUCCACUGUGACUUAAUGCAAUUCCUACCACAUCACUCAAAUACUGAUUCUUGUAUAUGAAAACUCCCCUUCCUUUGGUGUAAUUCAUACUGCAUACAUCUGGGAACCUUGGCCUUUGUUCAGUACAAAGUAUGAAAUUAGGUCUCCUUGGAUAGUGGGAAUUAAAAAGCCAACAUACUAACAAUAGUAAUGCUAGUCAGUUUUAUCUUUUCAAGGACAUGAGCCAAUCUUCAUGAAAACUCCUGUUUUCAAGUUGUGUAAAAAAAAAAAAAAGCCAUUAAGGGGAGAUUUUAUUGUAAGGGAGGAGGGGAAACCAACCUAAAGCAUUUCUAAAGCAUGUGAUGUCAUUAGAUACAGCUUUUACGUACAUGUCAAAUACCACAAAAGUAUGUGGAUAGGUACUUGUUACUCAGUAAUUAACUCAUGUACAUCAGGUCUCCUAUGAUGGUCACAACAAAAGACCUUUUUCUACUCAUAGGCUUUUCUUCAGACAUUUGAUUUUUUUUUUUUUCUCCCCAGAGAUGUGACGUUCUCAGUGUUAUUUGCCCCUGCUUUCCAAAUCUAGAUGUAGCAACUACUUUAAGUGCACAUUUAUAUUAACUGCAACUUUUGGAAAGUGAAUGGCUGCUAGACAUCAUUUAAUGUAAGAGUGACUCUUGCUGUAGAGAACUGAAUAUCAUCUUCCCAUUCAUUGUAUUUCUACCUACCUAUGAACUAAGUCAUAUUCUCACACAAACAAUAGGAAAUACGGACUAUAAAAUACUGAUCAAGCCAUCCUCAGUUACCAUCAGCAAAUACAAUGAAUACUGUCAGAGGUUCUCUGAGAUUAAUUGCACUGUCAGGCUGUAUCAGAUUGAUGAAAAGUCGACUCAUUUUUGCUGAGGAGGGUUCAUAUUGACACGUUCCCAUACUUAAACUAUGGUUGUUAGCAUCUGAUCCUCAUUUGGGACUCAUUUGAUUCUUCUAUUUCAAAGGCUAAGUAUUUAAAGCUAUCAUAAGGAAAAAAUAUUUUUAAGAGAACGAUAAUGGAGAAAUGGUUUGCUAUCUUCUCAUUUGAGUUAAGCAGCCAUGCACUGUAACGACUAUUUGCUGUUACAUGUACAAAAGCCUGUGGUUCUAAAAUAAUAGCUUCACCUUCUGUUUCAACAACAAAAAAAUAAGUCAGAAGUCAGGUCAAGCACUAAUUCUUUUCAGACUUGAUGGUGGAUUUGAAUGGUUUAAAUGUUACAAGCUAUGCUUCAGAGACCAAAUAGGUAUGCUUAAACAUGAGUACAGACAAAUUUUUGUGGUGAAUACUGUUAGCAUGCUGUAUUGCAUUAUGUCCGAAACAACCCAUUCCCGAAUGCCCAAAUAAAAGUAAAUGAUUGUGCAUUGCAUGAUGAUAC